GUUUUCACCACAACACUCUUCACCCUUUCCUUUCUACAACAAAUACUAAGUUCAAAAUACAUUACAUAUUUAGUUUCAUACCAAUAUAUAUAUAUAUCAUAUAUUUGCUACAUAGAAACUACCAAAAAUACCAAGAUGGUGAGUGUAUCUGAAAUUCGCAAGGCUCAAAGGGCAGAAGGUCCUGCAACCAUAUUGGCCAUUGGCACUGCAAAUCCAGCAAACUGUGUUGAACAAAGCACAUAUCCUGAUUUUUACUUUAAAAUCACAAACAGUGAGCAUAAAGUCGAACUCAAAGAAAAAUUUCAACGCAUGUGUGAUAAAUCUAUGAUCAAGAGGAGAUACAUGUAUCUUACUGAAGAGAUUUUGAAAGAAAAUCCUAGUGUAUGCGAAUACAUGGCACCUUCAUUGGAUGCUAGGCAAGACAUGGUGGUGGUAGAGGUGCCUAGACUAGGAAAGGAGGCUGCAGUGAAGGCUAUAAAAGAAUGGGGCCAACCAAAAUCAAAGAUUACACACUUAAUAUUUUGUACCACAAGUGGUGUAGACAUGCCUGGUGCCGAUUACCAACUCACAAAACUCUUAGGUCUUCGUCCAUAUGUGAAGAGAUACAUGAUGUACCAACAAGGAUGCUUUGCAGGUGGGACGGUGCUUCGUUUGGCCAAGGACUUGGCUGAGAAUAAUAAAGGUGCUCGUGUGUUGGUUGUUUGUUCUGAAGUUACUGCAGUGACAUUCCGUGGUCCUAGUGAUACUCAUUUGGACAGUCUUGUUGGACAAGCACUCUUUGGAGAUGGAGCUGCUGCACUCAUUGUUGGUUCUGACCCAAUACCAGAAAUUGAGAAACCUAUAUUUGAGAUGGUUUGGACUGCACAAACAAUUGCUCCAGACAGUGAGGGGGCCAUUGACGGUCAUCUUCGUGAAGCUGGUCUAACAUUUCACCUUCUUAAAGAUGUUCCUGGGAUUGUUUCAAAGAACAUUGAUAAAGCAUUGAUCGAUGCUUUCCAACCAUUAAACAUUUCUGAUUACAACUCAAUCUUUUGGAUUGCUCAUCCAGGUGGACCCGCAAUUCUUGAUCAAGUUGAACAAAAGUUAGGCUUAAAACCUGAAAAGAUGAAAGCCACUAGAGAAGUACUUAGUGAAUAUGGUAACAUGUCAAGUGCAUGUGUAUUGUUUAUCUUAGAUGAGAUGCGAAAGAAAUCUUCUCAAGAGGGGCUUAAGACCACAGGAGAAGGGCUUGAUUGGGGUGUGUUGUUCGGCUUUGGACCUGGACUUACCAUUGAAACCGUUGUUUUGCACAGUGUGGCUAUAUGAUAAGCUUAAUUAGUUUAUUUUCAUUUGUAUGCUUUCAAAUUUGUUCGACUUUUAUAAAUUAGUUUAUUCUCACAAUGAAAAUGGAGAGUAAUGUAAAGCUAUUUAUAGCCACGACACCAUCCUAAAUUGUAUCUACAAUCAAGGAAACGUUUAAAAUUAUUCAAACUUGU